UUCCACUCUAUCAUUUAUUCAUACAGAACAUCAUUUCAACAUACUUUUUUUAUUUUUUUUUGUUGUUAACAAAUGGCAAACGCAAUUGAGAAACCAAGGAGCAAGGAAGAGUGGAUCAAGUCUGAGGAUGGCCAUGAUAUCUUCACAAAAACUUGGUACGCUGUUGGUAACCCUGUUGCUUCAGUCGUCUUUGUUCAUGGCCUUGGAGAACAUAUUGUUCGCUACGAUCAUAUUUUUGAAGAGUUUAAUAAGGCUGGAUUCCAAGUAUCGGCCUUUGAUCAACGCGGAUUUGGUCAAACAGGGAAAAAGUCAAAGACGUUAGGACGAUCAGGAGGAUACGUAAAGGCUAUUCCUGAUAUCACAGCCGCAUUGAAACGUGGGGAAAUCCAGGGUGUACCAUUGUUCCUCAUGGGUCAUUCCUAUGGAGGAAGCCUGGUUCUCAAUUAUGACUGCAUUGGUCCUUUGCGUACCAAAUUAGCUGGUGUCAUUGCCUCCGCACCUCUUGUUCUUGCAGCUGCAUCUACUCGACCCAGCAAUCUAGCCGUGUCGUUUGUAGGGGCUGUUUCCAGGAUUGCACCAUCAUUGCGAUUCCCUUUUAACCUGCCCUCAGCCUUUAUUUCACGCGAUCUUAAGGAGGUCUCCAAGUAUAAUGACGACCCUUUGGUGCAUGGGUACGGCACCACUCUAGGCUUUUAUGACAUGUUGACCAACGCAAAGUUGUUGCUCACUGAGCGAUACAAGAGUAUCACCCCAGAUGUCCCUCUGCUGAUCUGUCACGGUUCUGCAGAUGGGUUAACAGACCAGAGCGCAAGUAAGGCUUUCUUUGACAAGAUCCAGGUCAAGGACAAGGAGUAUAAGAUCUAUCCAGAUCAUUAUCAUGAGCUCCAUAACGAGCCAGAGGACGAUCGCAAGAUCGUCAUCGAUUAUUAUAUCCAGUGGAUCCGUGCGCAUUUGCCAAAAUAAUUCUUCCAGAAUCCAAAAACUACCUUCAUUAGAAACUCCAAAUCAAAAUCCAAUCCACUGUUUUUUAAAUUCUUUAAGACGAACACAUUUUUUAAUUCUUUAAGAC